AUGGUCAAAAAGGAUUCCUUUCUCUUUCCUCGUAUGACCAAGAAACCUCCCUUUGCUGUUGAAGCUCCGGGUGUCGAAAAGGUUGAAGGGGAAACCAUUCCCCGAAGAAAUCCUGCUGCUAAGGAUGGCCUCAUCAGCACACCUCACCCGGAUAUCUCAACCCUCUAUGAUAACCUCACAUGGAGCACGAAGACGCACGGAGAUGCCAAAGCGGUCGGAUCGCGCCGGAUAGUUAAGACCCAUGUCGAGAAUAAGAAAGUCAAGAAGAUUGUGGAUGGAGUGGAGAAAGAGGUCGAUAAAGCAUGGACAUUCUUCGAGCUCAGCGGUUAUACUUACCUUAGCUUUAUCGAAUUCGAGAAGCUUGCACUGCAGCUGGGUGCUGGUCUCAGGAAUCUUGGGCUCAAAAAAAAUAGCAGGCUCCACCUAUUUGCUUCUACGAGCGCGCAUUGGUUGGCAAUGGCACAUGGCGCUUCAUCUCAAUCAAUGACGUCGGUGACCGCCUACGACUCCUUGGGAGAGGAUGGUUUGAAUCAUUCCCUGGUCCAGACACAUAGCAGCGCCAUUUUCCUGGACCCUGCCCUCAUCCCCACUCUUACUCGUAUCUUGAAGAAUGCCACGGAUAUUAAACACGUCAUCUACGACACGGCAACUGAGGUCAAGCAAGAACAUAUUGAUAGCCUGAAGGCUGCCUUCCCUCAUGUCAACAUAUUGAACUUUGAAGAUCUCUGGAAGCUUGGCGAAGAAAAUCCCGUAGAUCCGGUACCACCAACCCCGGAAGAUCUGUGCACGAUUAUGUAUACAUCAGGAUCAACCGGACCGCCGAAAGGUGUGGCUUUGAAGCAUCGCAUGGUUAUCGCGGGGAUGGCCGGAGCAAAUACUAAUGUCGGGCAUGUUUUGGGCCCAACCGACACUCUCCUGACCUAUCUUCCGCAAUCGCAUAUCCUCGAGUUUAUAUUCGAAAAUCUUUGCCUUUUUUGGGGUGGGACUAUGGGUUACGGAAGCCCCAAGACACUUUCGGACGCGUCCGUACGUAACUGCAAGGGCGAUAUUCGUGAAUUGAAACCUACCGUCCUGGUUGGUGUACCAGCCGUGUGGGAAACCGUAAAGAAGGGAAUUAUCGGCAAUGUAAACAAGGGUGGCGCGCUUGUCAAGGGACUUUUCUGGGGAGGUCUUGGAGCCAAAAACUUCUUGAUGUCUACUGGCCUUCCGGGAUCAGGCGUCUUGGAUGCAAUCAUUUUCAAGAAGGUCAAGGAAGCGACUGGAGGUCGACUCAGAGUUGCCUUGACCGGUGGCGGGCCGAUUUCCAAGGACACACAAUUAUUCCUUUCCAUGGCUCUAUGUCCAAUGAUUAAUGGAUAUGGCUUAACUGAAACCAGUGCUAUGGGUAGCUUGUGCGAUCCUUUGGCAUGGAACAUUGACACCGUUGGUGAUAUCCCGUCAUCGAUCGAAAUCAAACUUGUUGAUUUUCCAGAGGCAGGUUAUUACUCGAAGAACAACCCACCUCAGGGUGAGAUUUGGAUUCGUGGCCCUAGCGUUAUGGAAGGAUACUACGAAAACGAAGAAGAGACCAAAGCGGUUAUGACGGAAGAUGGUUGGUUUAUGACCGGCGAUAUUGGCGAGUUUGACAAAAACGGCCAUCUGAAGAUUGUCGACAGGAAGAAGAACCUGGUUAAGACGCUGAAUGGUGAAUACAUUGCUCUGGAAAAGCUAGAGUCGAUAUAUCGUUCCGCAGCUGUCGUCGCCAACAUCUUGAUUCACGCCGCGACAGAUCAAGUUAAGCCGAUUGCGGUUAUCGUCCCCGCCGAACCUGCUCUCGUCGCGCUCGCGAAGGCGAAUGGAAUCGAAGGAGAAAGUAUCGAGGCUCUGGGUUAA